AUACGAUCGGUCAAGUUCUUUCUUUUGCAUCACACUGCUCGUGACACGCCUUCGUGCGCCGCUCAGUUAGAUCAGUUAAUUAACUUCAUUUUUAACCCAGUAUAUAUUUUUGAUCUUUACUAAAAUGGCUGAAGGAACUAAAGCACCAAAAGACCCAUACGGAUUUGCCAAAGAUUUUUUGGCUGGUGGUAUAUCUGCCGCUGUGUCCAAAACUGCUGUCGCACCUAUUGAACGUGUCAAACUUAUCCUCCAAGUACAAGCCGCUUCCCAGCAAAUUGCUGCCGACAAACAAUACAAAGGGAUUGUGGAUUGCUUAAUAAGAAUUCCUAAAGAACAAGGUUUUUUCAGUUUUUGGAGAGGAAAUUUAGCUAAUGUCAUCAGAUAUUUUCCAACACAAGCAUUAAAUUUUGCUUUUAAAGAUGUUUACAAACAAUUAUUUAUGGAUGGUGUUGACAAAAAAACUCAAUUUUGGCGGUAUUUUGCUGGUAAUCUUGCAUCUGGUGGUGCUGCUGGUGCCACCUCCUUGUGUUUUGUAUAUCCACUUGAUUAUGCCCGUACUAGGUUAGGAGCUGAUGUUGGUAAAGGUCCAGCUGAGAGACAAUUCAAAGGUUUAGGAGAUUGUAUAAUGAAGACAGUGAAGUCUGACGGACCAAUUGGUUUAUACCGUGGUUUUGUUGUGUCUGUCCAAGGAAUCAUUAUCUACCGUGCUGCUUACUUUGGAUUCUUCGACACUGCAAAGGGAAUGUUACCUGAUCCCAAGAAUACACCAUUCUUAGUUUCAUGGGGUAUUGCCCAAUUUGUCACCACUUUUGCUGGUAUCAUGUCUUAUCCAUUCGACACUGUAAGACGUCGUAUGAUGAUGCAAUCUGGACGUGCUGCUUCAGAUAGAAUGUAUAAAAGUACUGUUGAUUGCUGGUCAAAACUUUACAAAAAUGAAGGUACUUCUGCUUUCUUCAAGGGAGCUUUCUCUAACGUAUUGAGAGGUACUGGUGGAGCCUUAGUAUUGGUAUUCUACGACGAACUUAAACGUUUAAUGUAAAAAUUUCUCUUCAAUGAAAUUGAACUAUGUGCAGUUUAAAUGUAAUUUCAAUGGACACUGUUGUAGCAUAAACAUUCCUGGAAAGUGCAGCAAUAUUUUCAAAACUUGGCUUUUCAUUCCAAUAUUCAUGUAUUAUUCUGUACCGUAUAUGUUUUAACAGUUUCAAAUUUUAGGAUACCUACUUAUGUUAAAUGAUACUAUUUAGGUCCAUUUUAUGGUUUGUUGUUAAUAAUGUAUUAUUUAUAUCUAACAAUAAUAAACCAUAAUUAAAAAAACAACAUAAUAAAUAUUGUCUAAAAUUGUUUUACCUAGUUCUGUAUUUACACUACAGCAAUCCUAGUUGAAAAAUAUUUUUAAAUCUCUCAUUAAAGUUAUUGAUGUUUUUAGA